ACCAUAGAUUGAAAUUUGAGCAAAACAUAAGAGUGGAAAUUGGAAGCAGAGUUGCUGAAAAAGAAGAAGCAGGAUGGAAGGUUGUUUGAGGAGAUGGUGUUACAAAAAUGCCAUGUUUGGCAAUUUCAAACAGUCAUGUCGAUGCUAUUCACUUCCCAUCCGAUGCUCUGGGGGGAGGGCAUAUGAUGCAUUAUUAUUGGAUGCUGGUGGAACCCUUCUGCAAUUGCCUCAGCCUGUUGAACAAACUUAUGCCUCUCUUGCCGCGAAAUACGGCCUAACUAUAAGUUCUGCUGAAGUAAAGAAGGGGUUUAAGCGAGCUUUCGCUGCUCCGUGGCCUCAAAAACUGCGUUACGAGGGAGAUGCAAGGCCAUUCUGGAAAUUUGUUGUUUCUGAAGCCACUGGGUGUGAUGAUAAUGAUUAUUUUGAAGAACUUUAUACGCACUUUGCAAAUGGUGAGGCAUGGCGCCUUCCAGACGGGGCUCAUGAAACAUUAUCGAUUCUCAAAGACGCUGGAGUUAAGCUGGCUGUGGUCUCCAAUUUCGACAAUCGUUUAAGGAAGCUAUUAAAGGACCUGAAUGUUAUACAUCUCUUUGAUGCUCUUAUCAUAUCCUCCGAAGUCAGAUAUGAGAAACCACAUCCGGACAUAUUUAAAGCUGCGCUGGACCAACUAAAUAUGGAGGCUAGCAAAGCAGUACACGUCGGUGAUGAUAGUAAGGCUGAUAAGGACGGAGCUAAUGCAAUUGGAAUUGAUUGCUGGUUAUGGGGAUCGGAUGUCACCACAUUCCAAGAUAUACACAAUCGUAUCCUCGCUCUUCGAUGAUGUCUCAAUUGCAAUCUCAGAUUUCUUUGCCUUCAGCAAUGCAACCUUCACCUGAUUAUCCUGUUAUAUUCUACAGUUUAAUUAAGUCAGUUGUCUACUUGUAACAUUUUUCAUGUCUGUUUACACAACCCUUUAGAGGCAGCUGUACAACAUUUUGCUUAUAAAGCUUACAAUGGAGGCAUUUUCAAAUUUCUUAACAGCAAA